UGAAAGAAAAUUGCAAGUUAAAAAAAAGAUGAGAUUUAAAAAAUGGUCCCCCGAUUUUCUUUGGGGGCCCCCUCUAGAUCCGCUUCUGCACAGUAAUUCUCGAAGAGCAGAAUCAAGCUUAUUAUUUUUCUGUUCACCUAACAGGAUUUAUGUCCAGCCUAAGCUAUAGCCGCAUAUUUUAGGGAAUUACACCGCUGAGAUUUAAUUUGGCGGCACUGUAUUAUGUCCGCACGGCACGUCGCCUCGCUCGCUUGGCUUCGGCCCGGCCACAUCAUUGGGCAGCGUACGGUACUGACAACAGAGACCACGGGCCGUGGCCGGUCGGUGUAUAAUUGGGCGCCUGGCAGGCGGGGCGCCGCCGUACCGUUCACCCCGGCCCGCUCUAGUCCAGACUAGGCCGGCCGGCCCGCUCGCGAUCGAUCGCAUGCAUGGCCUAUGCGCGCGCAAUUAAUUUGGAAUCAGAUUCCGCCAUUUUCAACUGUAACUUGUGCAUGUGUAUUGGGCUCGCUCGACGUUCGUCAGUGCAAAGUAAGUUUUAACAUAGAGCACGAACGUUCUUCACAUUGCUAGGACUCGUAUCAAUUUGUCUACAUAUUGCAGUGACAAUCCCAGUGAAAGUGAAAAAAGUAUUCGAUAAUCAAAUUCAAACGACAGAGUCAAACUCAAAGACAAAGUCAGACUCGGACGUCGACUCGUCUGUGACUGUGAGUGUGACAAUGGCAUUGGCCGUGCAGGGAAAGAAGUUCUACUGCCUGUAUGAAUUUGACGAUGACAGCGUGGAAAUCGGCCCUGUGGACUGGAUUAAGGAUGUGGGCACAGACGUAAAUCUUGACUGGAUGAAAGAACCCCAUGAAUUGGUGAACGAGGAGGUGAUGGUUAUUUGGGGCAGUGGAAAAGGUACUUCCACCCAUCAUGCAAAGGUACUUGCGGUGAGCGAUUCCAAAGAGAAGCUCAUUACAAAGAGAAAUAAACUAUGUAAUGAUCAACCCAUGGAUACCGACAUUGAGACUGGCAGAGGGAAGAGGAAAAAGAAGCCAGUAAAAUUCAACUAUGACGAGAGCGAGGAAGAGGAGGAGGAACCUUCAUGUCCGGCUCCAACUAAGAAAGUGAAAUCUAGCAGCAAGCUGGGUCACUGUAAUGAACUGGCAAAACAGCUGAAGAGGCAGAUGUUUGGAACAAAUGAAGCAGUACAUGUGCAUCAGACAAAAUCAAGUGCUAGCACUACAGUCUCUCGGGAGUUGGAUCAAAUGAAAGAAGAAGUGGAAAAACUGAAGAAGGAAAAGGAGGUGCUGCAAGGAAAGCUCAUAAAAGAGAAGGCGUCAAGAGAAAACCUGCAGCAGCAGUUGUUAUUCUUAAAAGGUGUGCCAAAAUUUAUUGACACUUUCAAUGGUUUCAUGAGCAAAAUGGAGGAUUUCUCAAGAACAGUCAAGCACAACAACAUUCGAGGUUACAAUGGCAGCAAUGACCAAGUCAAGAUGGCCAGCCCAUUGGAUGAAGAAUCUUCUACAGUGGCAUCACCAUCACCAUCAUCUUCACCAUCCACCUCAUCUAGCAAGAAGCCCAGUAAUUCACAGACCCAUAUAUAUCUGACCCCCACAGUAACCAUAAGCAAAUCACUGUUGCAGAAUUGCAACAGCAGCGAUUAUCGCAAAUACACAUGUGAUUUGAUGCUUGGAAUGUUUGGGAGGAAGGCACUUGUGAACUCCUCUCUCACCGGAGGCAAGAACUCGGCUGGACAGGCGAAACCUCCUUUGGACAGUGAGAAGGUCCAAGCCAUAACAAGCCAUGUGAUGUCCAAGUUUGGGAGGUCUGUGGUAGACGUCCGCACAGUGAUGCGAAACAAAGUGAGCAAUGAGGUGAAGCUCGCUAAAAAGAGGGCUGCACUAGAGGCCAAAAAAACGGACCCUGGCAAGGAAUCGGAAUCGAACCCAAAGGAAUCGGAUAACGUACUAGACACCGAUGAAUCGGACCUCGACGAUUAAGAGCUCAAAUUUUGCCUAAGUCGAAGAAGGCUGCAAAGUGAAUCAUUCACUCUUUUAAAGGAAACCAAAACCCAAGAAGAGAAGUAAUCUUAUUGGAAAGAGUAAA